UGUUGAAAUGACGACGCAUUUUAUUAAUUCAAAAUGUUUGGGUUAUUUUAUGAUUCUAGUGAUUUUAAUACUAUCAGUUGCUAAUUAUUAUAGGCUUGCCUUUAUUCUAGAAUCGAUUGAAAAACUGCCUCCCGACACCAAUUACCCAAACCAUCAACUUCUGGAUUCCGACUCUCCAAUUCGGGAACUUCGGAGGGCUGCACUAUUGUCUGCAGAUCAAGUUCAACGUGAAAUUAUAGAAAAUGCAGUUGGUGAAGACAAUAAGAACUUUUAUCAGAAGCUGAGACCUGAAGCAUUUUGUCCAUUAAAAAUUAAAAUUGGAGGAAAAGGGGACGGAGGAAAGAUCGUUUGUAAUCCAAAAGCGAUUAAGGAUGAUUGCACGUUAAUGUCACUUGGACUGAACAAUCAGGUAGACUAUGAACAGGAAAUAUACAACAUCACAGGGGGAAACUGUCUUCUUUUGGCUGCUGACAAGGACCCCCAAAACAUGAACACAUUGAGAAUCUUCUCCACUUUAAAAUCUCACGUCUACGUUGGAAUGAUACCGGAUAACCUUACAAUUGCUCAUAUUAUGCACAGCGAGUACAAGACUGAAGUGGAAAUUUUGAAGAUUGAUAUUGAAGGUGGAGAGCACACAGGCUUGGAGCAAUUUUUGAGAGAUUUCUUUGUUUGUCAGAUUCUCAUAGAAAUCCACGGCUGGCCUCCAGAGCACUUGGACAUGCUCCAGAAGAUCUCCAGAUAUGGUUUCCGAAUUUUCAAUAUUGAGCCAAACAGACUGUGCACAAGAUGUGCAGAGUACAGCUUUAUCAACGAGCUCUGUAUGAGCCAAUAUAGUGUUUUACCGCUGGCUAAUAUGAUUCCAAGAAAUCUUACUGUCGUUUAGGAUUUUCACUGUUUGUUGAUGAUGUUAUAUUGAAGAUGUAAAUAUUUAUUUAUUAAU